GGAAUAGAGAGAAUAAAGGAUUCUAACAUAAAUCUUUAGUAAGAACCAGCUUCAGACGUUGAUUUGAGAAAACGCACUUUUCAUCAAAGUUGUUCGUUAACUGCUCUUCACGUCUCUCUAAUAGGGUUUUUGGGUGAGAAUGUCCGACGUGGUGAUGAAGGAAGAAGUCAGUAACACGUUGAGUAAUAAGGAACUCGAUGCUGCUGUUUUACCAUUGGACCAGCCGGUAAAUGAAUUAACAUCACCAAGUUAUGUUGACAGUAACACAUUGAGUGUUAAGGAACUCGAUUCUUUUCUACCUCGUUACAAGCCGUCAGGACAUGGUUAUAAUCCACCACCACCUCAGUAUGCUCCCACUGAUUUUGAACUUUAUCCCCACGGCCCCACCACGAGUGUUGACCACGUAGGUCGUUGGAGUCCAGUGGUCAUGCACUUGCCCUCUACUCCUCCAGAAGAGGUGAAGCAACACUGGAAAGAAUUACUCGAUACUCUUCUGAAGAGAUCCGUUGAUGAUAAUGUUCCACGUCCGGACAAGCCGCCGCCGGCAAUGUCGUCCCCAGAUAUCUUUGACAGUUUACCACCAUCUCAGAUUGAGUAUCGAAGAACCUUUGUUCCUCCGUUCACUCCUUGUCCACCUUAUAGUCCCCCUCCCCCUGGCGACUACAACUACUCUCGAUCUCAGGAUGCUAUCAAUGCCAAGCCACUGCUCUUUGCUAAAAUCGCACUCCAUUGCUACAAUCUCGAAAAGGGUACACAUUUUGAACGUUUGGGUCUGCCUCGGUCCUAUGACCAGACCUUAGAGACAAGGGAUCGAGUAAGCAAUUACACUUGCAUGUUUGAAACAAAUGUUCGGCUUGUCACUGAGAAUAAAGAUUGCUUCCAUGCUAUCACAACCCGCUGCAGGCCCUCUCCUCCUCCUCCAGGGGAAGAUGGAUUCCAAUGUGGAUUUGACACACUUUCCGUGGAUGAACUCUUCAAAGGCAACAUGCCUGAAUGGUUGCCUGAUGACUAUGAUGCCACUAGCAGCACACUGCUGAUGCAAUACUACGAGAUGAAAGAAUCAGAGGUGGAACAAGCCAAAGAAUGGCUUCAUCUUUACGCUGAACUAGCCUUGUUCAACAAGAUUCAGAGGGACCCGGUUGUGUUUGACCGUUCAAAGCCCCUGGAGCUGGGAAAGGUUGUUGUGCAGACCAGAGGAGCUGUGAAAGAUGUCUGGCUGUUGGAUAAUGCAGUCUUCUUCAUAACCUUCAAAACAAGUGGCGGUGAUGUCUGCAAAGGUAUCAUCAGGAGGACAAGGGAUGGGAUUCCAGAGCAUCUAUCCCUUGAAGCCAAGUGCUUCAUGUGA